AUGGCUAUUCAGAGGGUGACCAUCCAACUGGUGGAGGAGGAAGAUGGAGAUUUCCAGGGUCCUGUCUGCUUCCGGGGCCAGUGCUACCAGUCCCUACAGGAGAGCUGCCUGCAGGCAGGGGCCCUUUUCCUGGACCCCUGCUUCCCUGCUGGGCCUGCUGCCCUGGGUUAUGACCAGUUGGGGCCCAACUCAGAGAAGGCCAAGGGCGUGGAAUGGCUGAGACCUCAUGAGUUUUGUCCCAAUCCCCAAUUCAUCUGUGAAGACAUGGAUCGGACUGAUGUGUGUCAGGGCAGCCUGGGUAACUGCUGGUUCCUGGCUGCGGCGGCUUCCCUCACUCUGUACCCCCGCCUCCUCUAUCGGGUAGUGCCCCCCAGACAGAGCUUCCAGUGGGGCUAUGCAGGAAUCUUCCACUUCCAGCUAUGGCAGUUUGGUCGCUGGGUGGAUGUGGUGGUGGAUGACAGGCUGCCGGUGCGGGAUGGGAAGCUGCUCUUUGUUCGAUCAGCCCAGAGAGCUGAGUUCUGGGCCCCACUGCUCGAGAAGGCUUAUGCCAAGCUCCAUGGCUCCUAUGAGGUGAUGAGAGGCGGCCACAUGAAUGAGGCCUUUGUGGACUUCACAGGCGGUGUUGGGGAGGUCAUAUACCUGCAGUCGGACACUCCUGUUCUCUUCUCUGCUCUCCGGCAUGCCCUGGCCAAGGAAUCCCUUGUGGGGGCCACUGCCCUGAGUGACCAGGGUGAGGUCAAGACAGAGGACGGGCUGGUGAAAGGUCAUGCGUACUCUGUCACAGGGACCCACAAGAUGUCCCUGGGAUUCACCAAAGUCAAGCUCCUACGACUUCGCAACCCAUGGGGCCGGGUGGAAUGGAGUGGGGCAUGGAGUGACAGCUGCCCUCGGUGGGCUGUUCUCCCUGAAGAAUGGCGCGAUGCUCUGCUGGUGAAGAAAGAGGAUGGUGAAUUCUGGAUGGAUCUGGAUGAUUUCCUGAAGCACUUUGACACCGUCCAGAUCUGUUCCUUGAGCCCCGAGGUGCUGGGUCCUCAGCCCAAGGGGGGCGGCUGGCAUGUCCACACCUUCCAGGGCCGCUGGGUGAGAGGCUUCAAUGCUGGUGGGGGCCAGCCAGGCAGCGAGACUUUUUGGACAAACCCCCAGUUCCAGCUGACACUUCAGGACCCAGAUGAGGAAGAAGCAGAAGACGAUGAGGGGGGUCCGUGGGGUGGCUGGGGGGCUGGAGGGGCCCGGCCUGGAAGGGGUGGCAGGCAUCCCAAGUGCACUGUGCUCCUCUCCCUGAUCCAGAGGAACCGGAGGCGGCUUCGAGCCCGGGGUGUCAGCUACCUCACUGUCGGCUUUCACGUUUUCAGGAUUCCUGAAGAGCUCUUGUGCCUGCAGGACUCCCCCCGGCGCCGGGAGCUCCUGGCUGGCCUUCUCCGGGCUGACCGGUCCCCGUUCAGUGUCCGCCGAGACGUUAGCCGCCGUUGUCGACUGGCGCCUGGACAUUACUUGGUCGUACCGAGCACCGCCCAUGCUGGAGAGGAGUCUGACUUCACACUCCGCAUCUUCACAGAGCGCCAGCAUACAGCCAUGGAAAUAGAUAACGCGGUCAGCGCUGACCUUCAGGUGCUCAUGACCCCCUCUGCACCCCUGGACUUUGACAUGGAACAGCUGUUUCAAGAGCUGGCUGGAGAGGAAGAAGAGAUCGGUGCUGAACAGCUGCAGACCUUACUCAGCAUAGCUCUAGAACCUGAAGAUCGGGCCAGGUCCUGGACUCACCCACCUGGAGAGAUCGGGCUCCGGACCUGUGAACAUCUGAUACGCUGUUUCGGACAAGGAGGGCACUGUCUGACACUGUCCGAGUUUCAGCAGCUGUGGUAUCGACUCCAAGGGUGGCAGGCCACGUUCAACAAAUUUGAUGCUGACAAAUCUGGGACCAUGAAUUCUCAUGAGCUGAGGCUGGCACUCAAUUCAGCAGGCUUCCAGCUUAACAACCAGCUGACCCAGCUGCUCACCAGCCGAUACCGUGACAGUCGCCUGCGGGUUGACUUGGACCGCUUCGUGUCCUGUGUGGCCCAGCUCACCUGCCUCUUCCGUCACUGCAGCCAGCAUCUCAAUGAGGGAGAAGAGCUCCUUUACAUGACUAAGAGACAGUGGACGGAGCUGGCUGCUUUUUCCUAG